AUCUGGGCUUUGUUCUUCCUCUAAAACUCUAAUGAAAAUGGCUGCCAAACAACUGAAGAAGAAGAAUUACACCGAACCCACCUUUUCUUCUGCAACCCUAAUCUCUGUUGUUCAUUCUCCACAGGGAAUAAAGCUGCCAAUCUUGAAGAGAUUAUAUUACCUACUGAUAAAAUCGUCUUGGAUCGAAGCUGAGUUAAAUGACAAUGACAUAUGUAGCCUUUCUGAUGUUCUGUUUGAAGAAGUUGAUGGUAGAUUUGAAGAGUUUCUCUGUGGACGAGCAUCGGCAUCACUCCAAGAACUAGCCUUGCUUUUGAGAUGUUGUAUGGUUUUCUUGAACUUGCUGGUGUCUAACCAAAGUCUUUUAAUUGAAAAAGGCCGAGUUCUUCUUUCGAUACUUCGCACUUUGAUUUCUGUUGAAUUAAAUGAAAAAUCUGAGAGAAUUUCUAUCACAAAUAUUGCUUCCGCAUGUGCGUUGCUUCAGGUAUUUGCGGACGAGCUACUAAUGCAUAAGUCAUUGAGGGAGUACUUUUUGCUAAUUGAUUCUGUGUCUUCCACAAGUGAAAUGCUAUUCAUGUGCCAUUUUGGUCAUGGUGAUAUUGGAAUUGUGAUGGAGGUGAUUGCUGCACAUUUUAUUCUGUCGAUUUCUGGUGACAAAUCAUUUGAAUGUUUCGUCAGCAGUUUAUUUUGGCAGCCUGGCGAAGAUUUUAGGACUCCUGAGAUGAGCCUGAUUGUAUCUUUAUCGUUGCUUCUUAACCCUAUCACGCAUUCUGCACCAAAAAUGUUUCAGCCAUAUUUGAUUUUAUUGGUCUCUGAAGCAAUUGGUGUUUGCAUACGUUCUGAGUAUUUGAAUCCAGAUCUUGGAAUCAUGGAUUGCUACCUAACAGCAUUGGAGAGGUCCAUUAUCUUGUACAAAAGCCACUUUUCCAACUUGCAUAUGGAUGACCUUCCUAUAGGUAGUAACAAUUCAAGUGUCAAAUCGUGUAUGUUUGGAAGUAGUCAACUGGCUUUUGAAUCUUAUCUUCAGCCAGCUACAAAGGACAAAAUUGAUCAUCUAGUUACAAAGCUUAAUGAAUCUUUGGAUUGUUACGUAAACAAUACAGCUCAUAGAACAAAAUCUGACCUGCUGGAUGCCUCUAUUGCAUAUAUAAGGGAGAGCCUAAAUGCUUUUGAUAAAUCAUGCAAAGACAAAAUGUUGUCAAUAUUAACUUCCAUUGUACAUAGAUGCUCUUCCGAUAAUAUGCAUGAUCCUUUGUGGUGUAUUGAGGUCAAAAGUCCCCAGGAUAUAUGUCUUCUUGCUUCUAUAUUGAAGUUAAUGAGUAGUUCGAUGUUGCAAGCAAUUUGGUGCUUGAGGCACAGCAGCAAUUCAGGUUGUCUGAAAACUUUGCAGGAUGUUCUGUUAUGUAAGGAAUAUGAAUUCAUAGUGCAUCUUGUUGGUUGUUUUCAGCAAUUCAAUAUCUGUCUACCAAUUCAGAAGUUUGUGUUUGAUGUGAUGAAAACUCACCCGAUGAGGCAUAAAGAGUCCAAGUGGAUGUUUCUGCAUUUUUCAGGCUUGCUCUCAUUAAGUUAUGUUGUUGGGCUUGAUUUUUUAGUUAAAGACUGCAUCUUUACAAUGAUGUCCUUGUUGAAUCUAUUUGUCUUUGAAGAGGGAGAUUUAGAUGCUCUGUCACCAUUAUUUGCUCCUGGAUCGGAAUUUAUUUCAUCAAGAUCUUCUGAUAAAGUAGGAGAAGCUUUGCUGGAGCAGAAGUCAAGCAAAACAAUUGCAUCAAAAUUUCAAAAGAUGCAGACAACACUCUUCAGCAAACCCACAAAUAUCCAUGAAAGAAACAAAGAAAAACGUGCAGAAACUUCAGAAAAUGCCUUUGUCGUGAAUGAGAUGGAAUCUAAUCUAGGUAUAGAAGAGGAAACAGUUGAACCCUGCAAUGGUGAGGCUUUUCUGAAGUGUCUACNUAUAUUGAUACAUAUUAUUCUCCCCAACUCCAAAAGAGGAAAAUGGAAGAGGGAGAGAUGA